CCAAGAGAGGCGGGCAGAGACACACACACAGAAGAGCAGAGACCAACGGACAGAGAUAGGAGUUGGGAGGAGAGGGAUCAGAGAGAAGCUGGGAGAGGUGGGGGCCUCGUGAUCCGCACACAGUCCAGGCCCCAGAGACACCCGCUCCCCAGAGACAUCUGUCUGCAGAGGCCAGGCUAAUGCAGGCAGCCUGGCUCCUUGGGGCCCUGGUGGUCCCCCAGCUGCUGGGCUUCAGCCAUGGAGCUCAGGGAGCUGAGACGGAGUGGGAGGGGGGCUGGGUCGGCGCCCAGAAGGAGGAGCAGGAGAGGGAGGCCCUGAUGCUGAAGCAUUUACAGGAGGCCCUGGGGCUGCCUGCUGGGAGGGGGGACCAAGAUCCUGAGGGAACCCCUGAAGGCAAAGGGGCCUGGGAGACCCAGGAGGACAGUCAGGGGGAGGAAGAGGAGGAGGAAACAACGCCAACCCCCUCCCCCAGCCCCAGUCCCUCUCCCACCCCUGAGGACACCGUCACUUAUAUCCUGGGCCGCCUGGCCGGUCUGGACGCAGGCCUGCACCAGCUGCACGUCCGCCUGCACGCGUUGGACACCCGCGUGGUCGAAUUGAGUAGGGGGUUGCGGCAGCUGCGGGAGGCAGCAGGCGACACCCGAGACGCUGUGCAAGCCCUGCAGGAAGUGCAGAGCCGCGCGGAGCGCCAGCACGGCCGCUUAGAGGGCUGCUUGAAGGGGGUGCGCCAUGGACACAAGUGCUUCCUACUCUCGCGCGACUUUGAGGCGCAGGCUGUGGCGCAGGCGCGGUGUACAGCGCGGGGCGGAAGCCUGGCGCAACCUGCAGACCGCCAGCAGAUGGAGGUGCUCACCCGGUACUUGCGCACGGCGCUCGCUCCCUACAACUGGCCGGUGUGGCUGGGCGUGCACGACCGGCGCGCCGAGGGACUGUACCUCUUCGAGAAUGGCCAACGCGUGUCGUUCUUCGCCUGGCACCGCACGCCCCGCCCUGAGCCCGGCGCGAGACCCAGCGCCGCCCCGCACCCGCUCAGCCCGAACCAGCCCAACGGCGGGGCGCUCGAAAAUUGCGUGGCGCAGGCCUCGGACGACGGCUCCUGGUGGGACCACGACUGCGAGCGGCGUCUCUACUACGUCUGCGAGUUCCCCUUCUAGCGGGGCUGGUCCCUGCCUCUCCACUCGGUCCCACCACCCUUUCUUCGACUGGGCUGUGCACCCUGCGAAACCCUGCUUCCUCUCCCUUCUGGACCGCGGAUGGAAGUGUGUUCCCCCUGGCUGGGCGAUCCCGGGGCUUCCUGCAGGUCCGAGACCCUUCCUUGCCCGUAUCCUUCCUGGGAGCUGAGGGCUCCAGGCUAGGUGCAGCUCCAAUAAAACCUUGUGGAAUCUGACAUAA